AUGAAAAGUAGUUUAACGUAUGGUCGAAUAUUAGCCCAAAAUAGUCCAUAUUCAACUGACAAUGCGAGUUCUUCAUCAGUGAUCCCGCUUUGUCUUAGUGAUGCACAAAAGGCAUGGAAAGCAAUUACACCAGAGGAAAUGAUACGCAUCCAGGCGGAUGGAUUAUCAAUUGUAACUAGAUAUCUGCCUAGCGGUAUUUCAACUCGAUAUAAACUGUGCAAUAUUGGUUUAACUGACGCUACUAUUGACGCAUGUUUAACAGUGAAGACCAAAACAAUGAACAAAUUCUAUCUGCGCGAUCGUGCAGAACAUGUAUUUUCUGAGGCAGAUCGUGUUUACAAGUUCUAUGAUAUAUGCAAAAGAACAAUAAUGAAUAAAAAGAUCUCUCAGUUUGGAAAUAGUGUAAAAGUCAAUUGUAUUGAUUAUAUGAAAUUGUUAGGUGAUUUAAUGAACGAGAGUCAGUUUUCAUGUGCUAGCCGUUAUGACUGUUCUUGUCCUGAAUUAGACAAAUUGAUAGAUAUUUGCAGAUCAGCUGGUGCUUUCGGUAGCCGCUUAACAGGUGCUGGUUGGGGUGGUUGUACUGUGUCACUGGUGGCAAAAUCUGCUGCGUGUAGUUUUAUGGCAAAAGUUCGCUCGAAAUUCUACGCUACUACCGGUGAUGGACAUAGUGACAAUAAUCUUAUAUUUGUUAGUCAAGCUGGUCGUCCGGCUGGGAUUAUGUUUAUACAGUGA